UCAGGCGUGGAACUCAUAUAAGAAUCCUAAAACCCUAAUCUGCAGCUUACCAACAGCACAGCAACUCGACAUCCUUCAAGUCGCCAUGGCAUCGGAGAAGAAAUUAUCGAAUCCCAUGAGGGAAAUCAAAGUUCAGAAGCUCGUCCUCAACAUCUCCGUCGGUGAAAGCGGUGAUCGUCUCACCCGUGCUGCCAAGGUCUUGGAACAACUCAGUGGUCAAACCCCAGUUUUCUCCAAGGCUAGGUAUACUGUGAGAUCAUUUGGAAUUAGGCGUAAUGAGAAGAUUGCUUGCUACGUUACGGUGAGGGGAGAGAAAGCUAUGCAACUACUUGAGAGUGGAUUGAAAGUUAAAGAAUAUGAGCUUUUGAGGAGGAACUUCAGUGAUACUGGCUGUUUCGGAUUCGGUAUCCAAGAACACAUCGAUCUUGGAAUCAAGUAUGAUCCUUCAACUGGUAUCUAUGGUAUGGACUUCUACGUUGUUCUUGAACGAGCAGGGUACCGUGUGGGUCGUCGUCGUAGGUGCAAGUCACGUGUUGGCAUUCAGCACAGGGUUACUAAGGAAGAUGCCAUGAAGUGGUUCCAAGUCAAAUAUGAAGGUGUCAUCCUUAACAAGUCUCAAAACAUUGGAGCUUAGGAAUAGUAGUUUAUGAUCUAAGUUGAGUUGUUUCGAGUUUUGGUAACUUGGUUUUGGAUAAUUUCUGAGUCUGUCGUUGUUUUCUU